AUGAGUAAUGACAAACGACUUCUCGAUGAAGACGCAAACGAUAGUGAUGUGAAAAUAAAAAGGUCUAAUUUACUUUUAAAUUUCGAUACAAACUUGUUAGAGACCAUAGAUAAAAGAAGACUAGAUUUUGAAUCUGAAAAGAUCUGUUCUGUCACUCUUUCUAAAAUCAAUAUAUAUUGCUGCCUAGUAUGUGGGAAAUAUUUGAAUGGUAGAAAUCAGGGCUCUCCAGCUUUUGAUCACUCAGUUAAUAUUGGUCAUAGAGUAUUUAUGAAUACACGUACUCUAAGGACAUAUAUCUUACCGGAUAAUAGGGCAAUUGACUCAAUUUACUUAGAUCAAAUAAGGUAUUCACUUAGACCAACGUAUACUGAAGAAGAAAUAGCGACUUUUCCAGUGCAAUGUUUUGAUUUAUUUGAUAAUGCUUAUCUUAAUGGUUACGUCGGGCUAAAUAGCAUUUCGAACAAUGAUUAUGCUAAUGUGAUAUUUUUACUAAUAUCGCAUAUUAAACCGUUAAGGAACUCAUUCUUAAUAGAUGAUUCGCUAUUAGAAGCUGAAGAUGAAUUCCUACAGAAAUUAACACUACUAGUAAGAAAGUUGUGGUCCCCAAAACUGUUUAGGAAGUUUAUUUCUGCUCAUGAAUUGUUGCAGUUCAUUUCUAAUAUACCUAAUAUAAAUUUCAAAGUUAACGACUUUAAUGACCCCAAAACGUUCUUGUUAUUUCUGAUUAACAGGAUUAUGAGGUCCUCUAGUAAGGAACUUAAGAAACGAGUUGUUGCUGAACUUCAAGGUAAAGUGGAGAUCUCAUCUACAGCAACAACAGAUAUCCAGAAUCAAUCGGAAGAAGUAAAGGAACAAACAACAUCUUCAACCAUUAAAUUUUGGAUCCUUAAGCUAGAGUUGCCUCCAGGGACAGUAUUUAAGAAUGGCAAAUCUGCUAAUACUUUGCCGCAAGUAAGACUAGAGGAACUUUUAUCGAAAUUUGACGGGAAAACCGAACAGCAUACUAAACAUAAUAUAACAACCAACAAAAUUGUAAAAUUUCCGAAGCAUUUGAUUUUACAUAUAGAUAGAUUUGGGCCAUCCAAUGCAUUUGAAGAUAGAAAUUUGACUGCGGUUGAAUUUGAACCUGUAAUGAAAAUACAUGGUUAUAGUUACCGCUUAAUGAUCAACAUUGUGCACGAUAAAACAAAGCCAAAGUUAGGUAAUGAUCAACUGAAGAUCAGCGCUACCAGUUAUUGGAAAGUUCAGGUUCGAAAUGAGGCUGACAACAAAUGGUAUGAAUUCGACGACAUUACUGUAAAGCCUAAGGAAGAAGAACUUCUCUUCUUAGGCGAAUCAUAUAUACAGGUUUGGGAAAAAAUGCCUUCCAGUUAA